AGUCAAUCUGAAAGUCUGAAGUCUUCUUCAACUCAUUGUAUUAAACUUUGUCAGCCAUAAUGAUACAAUUUAUUUAUGCUGGACGAGCUUAUAAACGUUUAAUAUAUUUUGCGUUCUUGUGGACUUGUGUUUGUUUUCUAGUUUUUCGUUUAGCAACAAAUCCCCGUGAUAAAAGUUAUGAUUAUUUAGGUUUAAAUAGUGGUCCAUUAUUAACUAACCCUGGUGGUCAGAGGGGUCUUCUCCAAAACAACCCAUUGGACUACGUUACUGGAUUUGUUUCCUAUCACAGUGCAACAACAUCAAAAUCAUCAAAAGUGUCAAAUGGAUUUAAUAACUUUCAACAAGUUGAUUCAUCGGAUCAAAAUUUUGUGUCCCAACAACCAAAAGUUCAAGUUGAUACUUCACCUACACUCAACGAACAAGAGAUUCUCCUUCAACUAGCAAAUGUUUCCAACUUGCCAUUAGCUUAUUGGAAUAAGAUUAGAAAAAGACCCAAAAAUAGUAAGUCCAAUGUUUUGGGAGGAGGUGAAACAUGUCGAGUUGAAUUUCCAAGUCUAUUUGAACUUGAUUACAACAACAUUUACUGGCAAAAAGCCGAAACAUCCAAUGGCUCCUUUUACCUUUACGGAGCCUAUUACGAUGACCGUUGGAGAGGUGGCCCCUUACCUUCUGUCCGUAUCUUAGCCAUGAUUGACCGUGUCAAACCACCUCCGACUUAUUGUCUUCUCUGGUUUGACAGCAUUGCCGGACCCAUUGUCAGUCAAGCCACUUAUACCUAUGGAUGGUACUCUAAAUGGGGCAACUACAAAGAUGGUUUACUCCAACCGUAUGUAAUUAAUUGUAAAGUACCACGGAUAAAAGGUUUUCCCAAGAAAACUACACCCGCACCUGACUCUAUUUCCCUGGUUGAAUCAAAGUGUCAAAAACCUAGAAAUAAUCUUCGCGUCUUCAACAAUCGACCCGAAGUUAAACAAGAUUUUGCCGUUUGCGUUAAAGGUCUCGACUUUUUACAUGAAGAUCUCAGUGUACGUUUAAUCGAAUGGAUUGAGCUGUUGAAAAUUCUCGGAGCGAAAAAGAUUUUCCUUUAUGAAAUGGAAAUCCAUUCAAACAUAUCCAAAGUUUUACAUUACUAUCAAAACCAAGGGAUCGUUGAAUUAACACCCAUUACUUUACCCGGAGAUCAACCCAAUUUACCCGGUUUCAGACAUCUUUACCUUAAAAACAAGUUGACUGCUAAACGACAAAACGAAUUGAUUCCUUAUAAUGAUUGUCUCUAUCGCAAUCUCUAUUCCUAUUCAUAUCUAGCAUUGUUGGACAUAGAUGAAGUUAUUAUGCCCAUUCAACACAACAAUUGGUCAGAGUUGAUGGGCGUUGUUGAACGUGAAUCACUAAAAGAGAAAAAUUAUUCCAGAGCCAGUUAUAAUGUUCGUAAUGCCUAUUUUCUUGACGACCUUGGUGUUGGUGAACAACAGAUGAAACAUACUGGCCAUGAGCCAGGAAUACCUACCUAUCUUCACAUGCUUCAACAUGUUUACCGAUCUCGUAAUUACACUAAACCUGGACAGUAUGUUAAGUGUUUCCAUAAUACCGAGAGAGUGGUCUCUCUUCAUAAUCAUUUUCCCCUCAAUUGUUUUGGUUCCUGUACAACCUAUUCCAUAAACACUACCCUUGCUCACCUUCAACAUUACCGUAAAGAUUGUGUGGGUCCCUUGAAAAACUCAUGUAAAACCGAUUUCAGGAUUUACACAACUCGAGAUACAACAAUAUGGAAAUACAAAGAUGAGUUAAUUGCCAAUUCAAAUGCAGCUUUAAGUCAACUUGGUUUCUUCGAGUCACCAUCGAAUGAGCAUCAAGCAACACUACAAACUCAGCAAAAGCCACCAACUAUACUUCCACAAUCUGCCUUAUCAUCAUCAUCAUCAUCCUCAUCUUCAUCCUCAUUGUCAUCUUCAUCGUUAUCCUCAUCUCCUCUUGGCUCAAUAUGGUCAUCAGCCUCUUUGGGAUCCUAAUUUUUUAACACCUUUUAAUCGUUUAACUUUUAAUUUUUACACUCUUUAAUGCUUAAACUAAAUUACUUCAAGUAAAUAGCACCAGCAAACAAAAAAAGAAAUGUUCCAAUUGAAAUUGGAGAAAAUUUCUCUUGUUUUUUUUCUUCUCAAUCAAUUCUAUCAUCAAAGGCAUCUCAAUGCUUACCCAAUGCACAUCAACGAUGUAAAAUUUUUAUUAUAAAUAAUUAUACAAAAUAAUUGAAAGAAAGAGGAAACAAGAGCAAAGGAUUUAUCAGACAAGGUUGACGUUUUUCACAUAACAUUGGGUGAGUUUCAGUGCAAAGCUACUCAACUCGUCUUCAUUUAUCCUCUACUUUUCUUUUCUCUUCCAUAUUUUUCUUCCUCUAUCACUCUAUUCCUUAACUUGUUCCCAUUCUUUUGUGCUCAUCGCCCCUCAUCUAAACAUGUAAACUAAACUUUCAUUUUUCAUAAUUUAUGUUCAUCCAUUGCCCCUUCCUUCAUCUGUCCCCUCUUCAUCCCUAUCUUUUACCUCCGUGUAUUUAUCAACACAAAAUGAAAAAAAAGAAGGCUGUGAUUACUAGAUCUUUUUUUAAUAAUAAAACUUGAAAUGUUAAUUUUAUUGAAAUUCAAA